AUGAGUUUAAAUUUUAGUAUAGCCAAUGUUGUAUAUGUAAAAAAUCUUUCUGCUAAUGUAUCGGAAGAAGAUAUAAGGGAAAAAUUUCAAGAAUGUGAUGAAAUAAUUAAUGUUGUAUUUAAAAAGUUCCCUGGAACAAACCAAAAAUAUUGUCAAAUUGAAUUUAAAACUUCAGAAGGUAUAACUAAAUCUUCAAGAUUAAAUGGCGAACUUUUAUUAAACUUACCUAUGACUGUUACAGUUAUUGAACCCAUUUUACAAUCACAAUCUUUUAGUGAAACAGCAAAUAUUGGCGAGCAUGAUAAAAAUGGGAGUAAUACCGAUUACACCAGUUCUCAAUACCAGAACUUGCAAAAUAUUCUUCUGCAAAACCAAGCCGUCUCGGAUCAAAAAAAAAGACUUGUCGAUUUUCAAAAUGAAUUAAAUGAAAAAAAUAAAAAAUUCGACGUAUUUUCUAAAAUUAUAUAUAUGGAGAAUAUUCCUGAAAAGUACAAUGAGAGUGACGUAGUGGAAUUUUUUAAGCAUGUCGGAAAAACCACAAGCUACAAGUUUCAGUAUAAUGAACAAAUAAAUAUGUACACCGCAUAUGUUGAAUUUAUAAAUGAAGAAAAUGCAAAAGCUGCAUUAAAUUUAAGUGGGACAAAGAUCGAAGAUAAAGAAAUAAUAAUUAAAGAUGCAUAUAGUAUUCUUAAUCAAACUGAUAGUUCAUUAAAAACACAAUUAUCUAUUUAUAAUAAUUUAAGUAAAAAAUUAAAUAGUGAUCAAAAUAUAAUAAAUAAACAAAGUAAUGUAAAUGAAAAAGUAGAAAAAGUUUUAGCUUUAAAAGAAAAAUUAGCACUUAAGUUAUGUGCUAUGUAUAAUCCAAAUUUAUUGCUAGUAAAUAAUCUUGUACAAGCUAAUCAAUUAUUAUUAACAAAUUCGUUAGAUAGUACUUCAAAUAAUAUAAACAAAGAAAAAGAUAAAAAUGAAUUGGAUUUAGCAACUAGUCAAAAGGGAUUAAAACAUAGUGAUAAAAGAACUGAUGAAGAUACUAGUGAUGAUGAAAGAAAAAAAUAUAUAAAAAAAAAAAGAAAAAAAAAUAAUAAAUAUAGUAGUAAUUCACGUUCUUCACAUGAUAGUGAAGAAUCAGAUGAACGUUCAUCCCAAAGUGGAAGUAGCAGUAGAAGCAGUUCGGGGGGAAGAAAAAGGAAUAUAGAUAAAAGACGUAGUAGUAGAAAAAGAGAGAAAAUGAAAAAACGAAGCUCAAGUUCUAGUUCAAAUUCUAGUAAAAGUGAUUCAUCAAGUUCUUAUGAUUCUGAAAAACAUACUGAUAGACAUAAAUAUCGAAAUCAAAGACAUAAAAAAAAAAGAAAAAAAAAUUCAAAAGGGGGGUAUGAUAGUUCUGAUACUUAUAGUGAUUCUUCACAUUCUUCAAAAAGAAAACAUAGAAAAUCGAGUAGUGACAAACCAUGGUGGAUACAAGAGUCUGAAAAAAUGGAAAUGCGGAAAAGAAUGAAAGAAAAAUAUCGACGAGAAAUGCUAUAUAGACAUAGAGAAAGAGAAAAAUCCCGAUAUAGACAUAGGGACAGAGAUAGAAGUAGAGAUCGGGAUAGAAGAUAA